AUGACACUACCGAGGUUUACAAAUUAUUCCAUAUUGAAUUAUGCUGCAUUCAAUUAUGCUGGUUUUGCUUGUAUCUCAAUCAUUGUAUUUCUAUCAUCCACUCAACCCUUUUUCAUUACUGAAGUAAUAGGUAUCAAGCCAGGUCAUGAUAGUAAAAUAGGAAGUUUAAUAGGACUAUUGGGGUUUGCAGAUGAAUUAACAUCAAUGAUAUCAUCUCCCUUGUUAGGAACUUUAAACGAUAAAUUAAACAGUCGAGGAAUGAAUGGUAGUCGAAUUAUACAAAGUUCAAGUUUCUUAAUUAUUGCAUUGGCAUUAUUUGGAUAUGGCGUAUUGAGUAGGAACUUAGUACCUGAUUUAUUUAUAUUUAGAUGUAUUUUUGCAAUUGGAGUAACUGGUUGUAUGAGUAUGGUUACUGUGCUAUUGAAUGAGUUAAGCUUCUCCGAUUUUACAUUUAGGAAAUUCAUUCCUGGUUCCAUUAUUGAUGAAUCACAAGAAGAAGAAACAACGCAGCAAAAGAGAAAUGGAAGAUUCGCGGCCCUAAUGGGUAUAAGUACCGGUCUUGGUGCUAUAUUUGCAGUAUCUACAUUUGUCCCCCUUCCAGUCAAACUCACUGACCUUUUCCCUAAAUUGGAUUUGGAAGAUGGCUUGAAAUACUCGUAUAUCAUUGUAAUGUUGUUUUCGAUCCUUUCUUUCAUAUUCUUGAUAAAUUCACUUUAUCAAUCCACCAAUUCCAGAUCCGAAAUCAAACCAGAAGGAUAUUGCCAUUUAUUAAAGCGCGGGUUGAAAUUCUCGAAAUCAAAUAAACUGGCGCAAUUAGCCUAUUUAGGGGCAUUUGUUGCCAGAUCAACCACGGUUGCAACUUCAAUUUUUAUACCAUUAAUGGUAUAUGAAUGGUAUUACAAUAUUGGUCAAUGUGAUUCCGAUACCACCUGGGAUGGGAAAUUGACAUGUCAUGACGGAUAUGUAUUUUCGGCUAUCUUGACAGGUGUCGCUCAAACAGUUGCGCUUGUUUCCGCUCCUAUUUGGGGUAUGCUUAUUGACUCUUCAAGGGUUGGUAAGUAUACUACAUUAUUAAUUGCAUCGAUAGUCGGAGUAAUUGGAAAUUUUACCCUCAGUUUGUUGAAUGAUAAUUAUCACUCCUACAAUCCAAAAACAAUCACUUGUUUUAUCUCAGUUAGUAUAAUUGGAUUGUCACAAAUUGGAUUAAUCAUUAGUAGUAUGAGUAUCUUAAGUGGAAUAUCUAAUGUUCAUGAAAUUAUGGGGUCCCUAAGUGGAUUAUAUAGUUUCAGUGGAGGGAUUGGAAUCAUGAUCUUGACAUUGUUGGGAGGAUCAUUAAGUGAUUAUUGGAUCCUCGGACCAUUUUUUGUAUUGGGAAAUUUUAAUAUGAUAUUGCUAGUUGUAUGUGGAUACUAUAUAUAUGAACAAAGGAAUCCUGAACCCCAAGAACCUGACGAUGAAUCAACUUCAUUGCUUCCAUAG